AGUGCUCUCUUACAAGCAGAAGGGAGAGCACGGAUUGUAUUUUUAAUACACGUGUAUCGAAAACUUUACGUAAGAAACAAAUAACAAGACAGUGACAGAAAAUAGUUUGAGUGUUUUGGGGUUUCGUUUGUUAUCUAUCGUUUAUGUACUGUGAUUUGUGACUUUAAGAAAAAAUUUUCACGUGUCUAAUUAACAGUGGUAUUAGUUUGAAAACUAUUUAUUAAAAUAUUCAUGAGUGACAGAAAUAUUUGAAGUACAAAUUAACCGACAGUGAUAUACAAGGUGUGAAAACUUCAUUAGGAAAUGGUUUCCAUAUCGUUUCAAUUGAAUUUAACAAUAAACAGUUUCAGGAUCAUCACAUUUUCAUCUUAUAUCACGUUUGCUACAUGAGACAGAGUCUUCUCAUGAACUUUGUCACCGCUGAUUUCCCUAGGGGUCGCUGUUCACCAUCUCCGAUUCUAUUUGCGUCGACCAUGCGCGAAAAAGAUUCCUUUCCAAGAAAAAUGUUGGUAGCUGCAGGAGGUCACAGUUCCCCCAAACAAGCCGCUAUCUAUCCUCUCUCCAUAAGAGUACCACCAGGAGAUGAAAUGCCUUUCGAUUUAUCGAGAAACACGAAAUCACCAGGACCUCACAUGUCACCGGCAUGUCAUCCGGCUCAAUCGCAAGACAACGAAGAACAACCGCUAGAUUUAAGAGUAGAUCAUAAAAAGAUGUCGAUGAUGUUGUCCAGACGACAAAUCGAAGACGAAAACAGAAACUUAGUAUCUCCAUCAUCUUUUAGUGUAAACAGUGAGAUAGACGAAGAAGCUAAAAAUAAUAAGACAUUACCAAAGACUUCGAAUCAACAAUUACCUACUUACCCAAUAGUUUUUCCUCACCAAUCCAUACAUCCGAUGAUGUUAGAAGUGAUGUAUCGGGCGCAGAAAAACGAAAACCUUCCUAGAUUAUCCUUACCUUAUCCUAGUUCCCCCACGAACUGUAAACAAAGAUAUCCUUUCGUAAAUCCAGUGGUUCUUAGUCCUCCAAUCAAUCUAAUGCCUUUCGAUAUGAUGCGGAGUCAAACGGCGCAACCGCAGACGCCGAAAUUAUUCGAAACGUCGGGUACUAAACUUAAAGACAGAUACGCAUGUAAAUUCUGCGGAAAAGUUUUUCCGCGAUCGGCGAAUUUAACGAGGCAUUUGAGAACGCACACCGGGGAACAGCCUUACAAAUGCAGAUAUUGCGAAAGGUCUUUUAGUAUAUCGAGCAAUUUGCAAAGGCACGUUAGGAAUAUUCAUAAUAAGGAGAAGCCUUUCAAAUGUUCUUUAUGCGAAAGAUGCUUCGGACAGCAAACUAAUUUAGAUAGGCACCUCAAGAAGCACGAAGCUGACGGGCCGUCCAUUUUAGACGAGAGAAAUCUACGGAAAAACCAAGUUACAUCGAGAAAUAUCAAUGAGGAUUCAUAUUUCGAAGAAAUCAGAUCGUUUAUGGGGAAAGUCACCGAUAAAAGGCUGUUACCUAAUUUCCCGAUGACGAUGCCAAAAUUUUUAGAUAAUAGUCAAUCGUACAAUGAAAAAAUUAACGAAAAUGAAAAGGAUAAUUUUUCAUCGGCGUCUUCUACUACAUCGGAAGUUUCUAAUAAAGAAGAUUUCGAUACAAAAAAUAAAAUUGUAGGGGAAAAUAUAGAAGAAAACGACGCUCCUAGUGAUAAUAACAAUAAUAAUACUUGAAAUUUUUACUAUUCCAUUUAGGGAAUAGCGAAUGGUGUACCAAUUUAUAGGUCCACAAUCAAAUUUCUUGAAUGCGAGAACUCAAUAACAAACAUAACAUUACAACAAGACUAUACUCAAUACGAAGAUGAUCCCAGA